CGACCGAGCCGAUGGAGCCAGCCAUCAACAGACCGUGAGCCGCUGCUGCAACGCACGCAGGCGGGUUGAGCUUUCUCGUUGCGGCGGCGGAGAUGGCGGCGAACCUGGAGGACGUGCCGUCGCUGGAUCUGAUGCACGAGCUGCUACGCCGCAUGAAGUGCAGCUCCAAGCCCGACAAGCGCCUCAUCCUCAUCGGUCCACCUGGCUCUGGAAAGGGAACUCAGUCACCCCUUAUUAAAGAUGAAUAUUGCCUAUGCCAUUUAGCCACUGGUGAUAUGCUGAGGGCUGCUGUGGCUGCUAAGACUCCUCUAGGGAUCAAGGCUAAAGAAGCUAUGAAUAAGGGAGAGCUUGUUUCAGAUGACUUAGUUGUGGGGAUUAUUGAUGAAGCCAUGAAAAAACCUUCAUGCCAGAAAGGUUUCAUUCUUGAUGGCUUCCCUAGAAUAGUUGCUCAAGCACAGAAGCUUGACGAGAUGCUGGCAAAGCAAGGUGCUAAUGUUGACAAGGUGUUGAACUUUGCGAUUGACGAUGCUAUAUUGGAAGAACGGAUUACUGGUCGUUGGAUCCACCCAGCUAGCGGAAGGACUUACCAUACGAAAUUUGCACCUCCAAAGGCUCCAGGAGUAGAUGAUGUCACCGGAGAGCCAUUGAUUCAAAGGAGAGAUGACACAGCUGAGGUCUUGAAGUCAAGGCUUGAAGCCUUCCACAGACAAACUGAACCUGUGAUUGACUACUACUCCAAGAAGGGCUUAGUGGCGAAUUUACAUGCGGAGAAACCACCAAAGGAAGUGACUGCUGAGGUGCAGAAAGCCCUCUCGUGAUGAAGCUCCAGCUUAAGCAGGACGUGUACCAAAGUCCCUUGUGUGGGUUCCCUCUAAGUUUAUACUGACGCUGACGUCCUGCGGUUUUCAUCUUCAAUUUUUCGUUUGUGCGAGUGCACCAUUUUAUCACAGCUUUAACAAGCUCGGGAACAGUCUGAAUAAUUUUUAUUUUGGAUGCAGAAAGUUGUUUUUUUGUGUACCAAUACUGAUGAUCACAGCAAUUCAUCCUUAGCAAAAUUCUCCUUGUUCCAGCUCUUACCUCAAUGCUUAGGUUAUUGAGGGUGACAAUCGUUAUGAAUUUCCUAGUAAGGUCCAUAGCUCUCUGCUUCACUAAUUAUUCUUGUUCUAAUGAGCGGAAGCUGUAUUUACUCGCCACAAAUGAAGUCAAAUUAAUGUUUCAAGUUGUAUGUUUA